AUGUCGCCUUCUCAGUCAAUCACUUUGAGCGAGUCGACGUUAUCCAAAACUCUUACCAGAGUAUCCGGUUCAACAUUAAAAUCAUCAGACCAAGAUGAUUCAAAAUACGAGGAACAACCCUUCAAUCCAAAUGCAAACACAGCCGAUGAAAAAAGCCUUUUGAACCGAAGUGAAACGAUCAACAAAAAGUUUAACAAGUGUAAGUCAGAAAGGUCAGAAAGUGAUGAAGGUUUAACAAUGGAGCUUAAGCAUAACGGCUAA